AGAGAUACAAAGAAAAUGUAUGCUAUGAAAUACAUGAACAAGCAAAAAUGCAUUGAGCGAGAUGAAGUGCGCAAUGUUUUCAGAGAACUGCAAAUUAUGCAGCGACUCGAGCACCCUUUCCUUGUGAAUCUAUGGUAUUCAUUCCAAGAUGAGGAAGACAUGUUUAUGGUGGUCGAUCUUUUGCUCGGUGGAGAUUUACGCUAUCAUUUACAGCAAAAUGUGCAUUUCAAUGAAGAAGCAGUGAAACUCUAUGUCUGUGAAUUGGCAUUAGCCUUGGACUACCUGCAACGCUACAAUAUCAUCCACAGGGACAUCAAGCCUGACAAUAUCCUUCUUGAUGAACAUGGGCAUGUUCACAUCACUGAUUUCAAUAUAGCAACAGUGGUGAAGGACUCUGAAAAAGCCACAUCAAUGGCUGGGACCAAGCCAUACAUGGCUCCGGAGCUUUUUCAGACAUUUUUGGAAGGAGGCCCUGGCUAUUCAUAUCCAGUAGACUGGUGGUCACUAGGCAUUACGUCUUAUGAACUUUUGCGGGGCUGGAGACCAUAUGACAUUCAUUCCAAUACGCCAGUGGAAGAAAUACUCCACAUGAUUAAUACUGAGAAAGUGCACUGCUCCUCGACGUGGUCCAAAGGCUUGGUGACAUUAGUAAAAAAGCUGCUUGUGAAGGAGCCUGAAUGUAGGCCAUCAAAUCUCAAGGACGUUCAAAAUUCUCCAUACCUAGCAGAUGUGAACUGGGAUGCGGUUCUGGGGAAGAAUCUCCCUCCUGCUUUUGUUCCAAAUAAAGGGAGAUUGAAUUGUGAUCCAACCUUUGAACUAGAAGAAAUGAUACUGGAAUCCAAACCACUUCACAAGAAAAAGAAAAGACUGGCUAAGAAUAAAUCUAAAGAUUCUGGGAAAGAAAGUUCCCCACUGAAUGGACAUCUUCAACAAUGUCUGGAAACAGUCCACAAUGAUUUUACCAUAUUCAACAGAGAAAAAUUCAGAAAAUCUCGGGCAGAGGAUAGACAAACAUCCAAGAUAGAAAAUGAAACUUGCAGUCAGAUGCAUGAAAAGACGCAGGAUGGUCAGAACAACAAUGUGCUUGAGCCUUUCUACACUUCAGUUCCUAGCUAGUCUACCAAAACUAAUCUGACCUUCUGAGGACUUUAAUACUCUGCAUUACAAUGACAUUAUUUUUGUGCAUGCCUUGUAGUUUAAUCACCUCUCCCCACUGGAAAACAGCUUGGGUGACUAGCUUCCCAGCAGAGAGAAAAAAAAACUUUUCUUUUCAUAGGCUAAUAUGAUGGAGUGGAAAGGGACAUGUUGGCUGGCAGAAGGACAAUCAUCUUACAGAGAGAAGAGACAAAAUAUAUCUUGAAGCUAUCCUGGUGUCUAACUACUUUGAAGUUAAUUUUCACACUGAUUCCU